AUGAAAAAUUUUAAGAGAUCUAGCUCAUGGCUUGCGACAUUGCCGAAGAAUUUUCAGGGAUCAAAUCCUGCAAAGCCACUGAUAAGUGCACCAGACGAAUUGAAAAGGAAAAAAUACGACGCUUUGGUCGUUGGUGCUGGUCAUAAUGGGCUCAUUGCAGCGACAUAUCUCGCGAAGAAAGGAAAAAAAGUCGCUGUGAUCGAGAAGCGGCACAUGAUCGGUGGAGCAGCUGUGACUGAGGAACUACUUCCUGGGUUCCAUUUUUCUCGGGCGAGUUAUCUUAUGGCUCUCCUCAGGCCAGAAAUCAUUCAAGAGCUCGAUCUUGUCAAACAUGGACUCAAGUGGUUUGUCAGAGAGCCUCAUGCCUUUACUCCACUGAGAGAUGAUGAUAGAUUUUUGUUACUAGGUUCUGAUGCCAAAGCGAAUUGUGAUUCAAUUGCGCAGUUUUCAAAGAAAGACGCAAAAAUAUAUGACCAGUACAAUAAUGAAAUGGAAAAACUCGCUGAUGCUAUCACACAUCUCAUGACAGCCAUGCCUCCAGAUGAGAGAUCAAGGUUGGGGGAGAACAUAAAAACCGGAAAGCAAAUGUACAAAAUGGGAAGAGAGCUUGAUUGGGACUUUUCGCUUUUGCACAAAGUUGCGACCGCCCCAAUGAGCAAGAUUCUCGACCAGUGGUUUGACUCUGAGCCACUAAAAGCUUGCUUGGCGACUGAUGCUGUUAUCGGAGCAAUGCUCAGUCCGCAUACUCCUGGAUCGGGUUAUGUGUUACUUCAUCACGUAAUGGGAGGCGUCGAAGGACACAAGGGCGCUUGGGCAUAUGUUGAAGGCGGAAUGGGAGGAGUAUCACUAGCUAUUGCUAAAGCACUCAAAGAAGCUGGCGGAGACAUUUACACUGAAACACCAGUAUCUUCUAUAAAUGUCAGCAAUGGCAAAGCCAACUCACUUACCUUACAUGAUGGGUCGAUUGUUUCUGCGUCGAAGAUUCUAGCAAAUACAACUCCAAAAGUUACUUACGAGCAUUUGAUGUCUGAAAAAGAUCUUCCGUCUGGAUUUCUAAGUGAUAUAAAAGGCAUUGACUACACAUCUCCAGUGACGAAACUCAACAUCGCUGUGGACAAAUUACCAUCUUUCAAAUGCACGCCACACUCGGGAAAUACCCCAGGCCCUCAUCAUUUCACAACAAUCCACAUGAACUGUGAAAGUAUGGCAGAAAUAGACAGAGCGUACAUGGAAUGUGCGACAACAGGCCGACCAUCGAGAAACCCGAUCAUCGAGAUGACUAUUCCAUCUGUCCUGGACAAAACCCUUGCACCCGAAGGCUCCCACACAAUCGGGCUCUUCACUCAGUACUCGCCCAUCACUUUUGACGGGAAGAAAUGGACUGACGAGCAAAGAGAGAACUACACCGAGAGAUUGUUUUCAGUCAUUGAAGAUUAUGCACCAGGCUUUAAAGAUUCAGUUCUGGGUGUCGACGUCCUGACGCCGCAAGAUAUCGAGGAGCAAAUCGGUCUUACAGGAGGAAACAUUUUUCACGGUGCAAUGGGUCUUGAUCAGCUCUUCAUAGGACGCCCCGGCUAUCGAUCCCCUAUUUCUGGGCUUUACUUGUGCGGAUCUGGAGCGCAUCCUGGAGGCGGAGUGAUGGGACUCCCUGGGAAACAUGCUGCUCUUGCUGCUCUUGCUGACUAG